CCACUUGCCAGCCGGGAGCCGGGGCGGGCAGGUGCUGGGGCAGCCGCAGGGCAGGAGAUGGGGCAGGAGCAUGCCUGCUCGUUCUAUCUCAAGUAAAGCGAGCUUCAGCUUUGUUCUAACGUCAGAGAUCCAAUUCAUCCAACGACACCUCAUCAUCAUCUCAGAAUAUUGCUGAGUCAGGGAAACCUCAUCAUAUCCCUUCCCUUCCAACUUCUUGUUACUCUUCGCGCCCAUCACCUUCCCCUGGGCGUUCUGCCGUCAACUCCUAGUCUCCGCAGCUAAGGCGCACGGCCCCGGCCUACUGUCAAGCCCCCGCCGUCCAAUCAAAAUGCUCGUCAAACUGGACAACCCACAGUCAGCAGCGGCCAGUUCCAUGCUGAUCCGCCUAGUCAGCCAGAACGUCCGUUAUGCAACGACGAAGCCCACUCCCAACGAGAAACCGUGGAGCUAUCGGGGUCCGAAACUCUGCAACCAGUUGGACUUCCUCAUGACUGGCCAUGAGUCAGCAUUCAUUUGUCUGCAAGAAGUCCUCUACUCUCAACUCGAAGACAUUCAGUCUUACCUCGGUCCUGCCUGGGGGCAUAUAGGUCUCGGUCGUGAUGAUGGCAAGCGAGGUGGCGAAUUUUCACCAGUCUUCUACCAAGUUGAACGGUGGCAGUGCGAGCGGAAUGAAACUUUUUGGUUGAGCAAGACACCAGAAAAGCCAUCUAGAGGAUGGGAUGCCGUACUGAACCGUGUCGUUACCGUCGGGGAGUUUCUCGAUAAACAAACAGACUCGCGUAUCGUUGUCAUGAGUACGCAUUUCGACCACAUAGGCGUCGUGGCUCGAGAGCAGAGCGCCAAACUUCUUCUCAACAUUGCUCGCGAGUGGAGCAAAGGAGCAAGCGGAAAACCUCCGACAACCGUUCUGCUUGCGGGUGACUUUAACAGUACCCCAGAUGACAAUGCCUAUAAGACAAUGGUGGCACCGGAGUCUGGCAUGGUCGAUGUCUCAACUCAGGUUUCCAAGGCGAAGCGAUACGGGAACGAAAUCACUUACACGUCGUUUGACGAGCCGGACGAGGAACCGAAGAGGAUCGACUUUUUGUUUGUGAAGGAUCCGAGCCCGGCUACCAUCAAGACAUUUGGCGUGCUAUCGAACAAAUUCGAUGACGGCGAUUAUCUGUCUGACCAUAGGCCGGUUGUCGCCGACGUUGAGAUUCCUGUCUUACGAACGGCCAACAAUAUCUUCUGAUACACCACUACCUACAUGUCAAUUGUGGCUUGAAUUUCAGAAUCGUGGACUCUCGUGCAACGUCACGCAUAUCGGGCGGCGUAGAAGAGGCAGAUCUGGACCUGCCCGAGUCUCCGAGACAAGCUCCCUGCAUCUCCGGCAUUCCAAGGUCUCAACAUCGAGUGAAACC